AUGGCAGAGGCACAACAGGAGCAGCCACAGGCUCAUCAACCUCAGCCUGAACCCGUUCUUGCCGCUGCUGAAGAACAAGCCCAUGCCCUCCCACUUCAAUCGCGGGCCAAGUCACCAUCACCACAAACUACGCAAGAGCAGGAAAAUAUCCCAGGGGCGCAGGGGCAGGUACAGGUACAGGUACAGGCACAGGUACGGGUAGAGGCACAGGCAGUACAGGUACAAGCACAGGCAGAGCCAGAUGCUCAUGAUUUCGAUCACUCGCACCCAAGCGCACGCGCACCAACUCCAAACUUAGAUUCCGCAAAUAAUGCAACGGCGACAGUAGCAGCCGCCCACGCGCAGGAGCAGGAGUGGGUACGAGAAAAGGAACGGGAGAAGGAUCAAGAACGGGAGCAGGGACACCAGAUUCUCUCGGACCACUCCACCACCGACGGCGUUGGACAAACCUCGACACCAACUUCGAUAUCCACGACAGCAACAGCCUCGCCCGCACCUGGCCCCGUUGCGACUACUCCCGCUGCUAACCAGGUUGCUCUAUCUUCGGCGACGGUCGCCACCAACGGCGCUCUACCCGACAAGCCAGAGCAGCAGCCCCAGCCCCAACACGAACAACAACAGCAAGAGGCUGUUGCGCGAUCACCGAGAGUCAUGUCGAAUAACCCACCUCAUCAUCACCAAGGGCCGCCUCGACAGCCCGCCAGUUACCCAAAUCCUACGACAUAUGCGACGCCCGCAAUGGCGACUACACACUACGGAUAUGCGAACCCAGCAGGUCAAGGGCCGGAUCCGUACCGGACUAGCGCGAGCGUUCCUAGCAACGCUAUGGCAUUACCAAGUAUGCGCACAUUCGAUCCGGCUCAACAGCAAGCUCAGCAACAGCAGCAUCUGGCGAUGGCUAUGCCUGUAAAUCCUGUCCCCUCGGUUCCCCCAGUCCCCUCGAUGCCGGGCCAGCAGCACAUGUCCUACUUCGCACAGCAACCGGUACCUAUGGCUGCGAACAACCCGUAUGCCCUACCCCCCGACGCCCUAAGACCGCAAUAUGCUUUACCUCCAAGCGGACCAGGUAACGUGCUAGCCGGUCGACACAAGAAGUGCGACGAGCAGCAUCCUAUCUGCAAAAACUGUCAGAAAUCCAAACGCGAAUGCCUGGGUUAUGAUCCCAUCUUUAAGAAUCAGCAGCAACAACACCAUACCAAUAUCCGACCAGCUCCGAAUAACUCGUCCGCUUCCUCUUCCGUAUCAUCAAGCCGACCUCCCGCCUCUUCUGCGUCUGUGUCUGGCAGCGCCCAAUCCCAGACCUCAUAUACUGCUGCCCUUCCCCCGGUAAUAUCUAAUACCACUCCUACUACCGCACCAUUCACCGGAAACCUGACAGCCGCGGGAACAGCUGCGUUGUCGGUCAAGGGCGAGCCCGCUCUCGAAUACCCAGCCGCUAUCGAUCCUACUUUAGAUACCAAUACCGUAUUGACAACCACGACAAGGAAGAUGAAAGUUCACGAGCUCGUGGGCAUGACAGGCACCGUGCCCCCGGUCCUCGAGUCGCCCCUUAAUGGCGAGAAGCUGGCCGAAGUAAGAGAUCUGUACGAGCAGGUCUACGCCCCUGGCCUGGAAAAGUUCUUUGAGACGGAAUGGUACACUAAGCCUCAAGGUGUUGGCACUUUGAUGUCUAGCACAGCUGUCAACGAGAUGUUGGCGGGAUUUUUACAGUCAAUGGCUAAGACGGAUGCCAACGACGUUGCCGGCAUGCAAUAUUCGGCAAAUCUCGAAUUCCGAGUGGUUUGGGAUUUAACCACGCUGGUAUAUACGUCCGAGUAUAAGAUUAAUGUUGGAGAGCAUUUGCCACCUCCUGACGACGGGUCUGAAGCACGAAAUCGAGUGGCAGUUUUUGAGGCCCUUCUAUCAGGAGAUAACCUCGACCAAAAUUUUCUUCACCCACCACCUCCAGCCGCUGAUAUACGGCUUCACCGAAUUAGGGAAUUCAAGUUCUGGUACCUACUUGCUGAAUUCCUCCGCAUUAGAGACCAGCCGGGUGUAGAUAUGACGCGCCAGCGUGACUAUUAUCUCGGUCAAUUGCGCGAGUUAUUGGAUGGACGCGAAAACCGAGAUGUCCUCUACUCUCUUGCCGUCAUCCGUGCGCUCGCACCAAACUUCCCCCCGGAUUUCGAGAGCACUUUGCCUCCGCACCUUGACGAGACCGAUCCGAAAAACAAGCUUGCCGUGGCUCGCAAGUUCAUUCAAGACGAGUCUCAGGUUACCGGGGGUACUACUAAUGUAGUUCGCCGCUUCUCCGAGCUUGCGGUCCGGGCUUUUAUCGCCCCUGGUAGCAAUAUCACGCGGAGAUAGCUAAACUACAUAGUUCUCCAUACCACUAUGACGAUGUAUUAAUAUGCACAAUGGGGGGAUCCAGUUGGCCUUUUUGAUGUAGCAUUCGAAAGCGCGGAGUGUUUAGAUGGUAGUGUUUCCUCUUCGUUCUGUCUCUAAUCGCUCCUUAACUAUCCACCAUUUUUUAUCACCACCUGUAACACCUUUGAGAUUU